GCUAAUAAUUAUGAUAAUUAUUUAAUAAAUAAUUAGAAUUCUUAAAUUCAGGACUUCGUUAGGUGCGGCCCAGCCUCAAGUUUGUUGAUUUCAAAUGUCUGCUUUAUGUUAAAUCAGUAACGCAAUCUAUCCAUUUUUGACUGGGUUAGAAUUCUCAUAUUUUUUUUUUACCAAUAUCAUUUUACAGAGUGCUCGGUUACCAUUCGCUCCUAAUAAUUUUAGUUCCUUCUAUCGCAGCGCCAACUUUUCACUAUUUCCCCAUAUCUAGUUUUUCGGCAAAACUGUACCAACCCCAAAUCUUACUGAGUCCUUAGUAAAAUUUGCUCAGGACUUAAUUCGACUGAACACGUUUUUUUUAGUAUAGUUGUCAUUGUCACUUAGUAUAGAUGUUGUCUGCGGGCUUGAGUAACGGAAUUUUGAGUAAAAUUGAGUAAAUCGGACCUUAUUAUCUAGCGCCCUAGUUGCACUGAUAAAAAAUAUUCCGAUUAUUCAAAAAAGACAAAAAAAAAUUUAAUAACAAGGUCUUAUUGUACUUUAUUUACAAUGUUAUUAUAUCAAGAUCUGUGAACAUAACCCAUUUUUGUGAUUUACAAAGAAGGUUCCCAUAUGUAUUGCACGAUAAAAUAUAAGUAGACUAAUUUAGUAGUAUUAAUUAGAUGGUUUAAGAGUUUAGAAUUUAUCAAAAUAUGGCUUUAACAUCAGAAAAAAGCCAAAAUACUUGGUCAGUAAAACGUGUCAAUAAUUUACUUGAAUCUAGACCAGAAAAUGAUAAGGAAACCCUUGAAGCUUUAAAAGAAUUAUCAACUUUUUUUACCGAUAACACAUUAAAUACUAGACGAAAUUUACGUAGUAACAUUGAAAAAAAAAGUCUUAUUAUAAAUGAUGAAUUUGUAUCAGCAUUCAGAGAAGUUAAAUCAACUUUGGAUGCUAUUCACUGCGACGUUUCAUCAAUGAAUAAUUCAAUUCAAUCAAUGACCAACCGUUUGCACAGCACCAAAGCUCAAACAAUAACUCUUAUAGAUAAAACAACAAAACUUCAAAAUGAAAGUAAAAAACUAUCGAUGCAACACGAUGUGGCGAAAUCAUUUAUAAAAACAUUCCAACUAACAAAGUACGAAAUUGGAAUUUUACAUGGGCAAACUCGAGAAGAACCGAUAACAGAAGAAUUUUUCACAAUUGUCAGUCGACUCCAGACAAUUCAUAGCAGCUGUAGAAUUCUUAUGCAAUCUGGUUAUCAAACCCUUGGGUUGGAUGUAAUGCAACGAAUGACUUUGCUGCAGGAAGCAGCCCUCGAAAGACUUUAUAGAUGGACACAAAAUCAAUGUCGACAUAUAGAAAAUGAAUAUAUUGCUCCAUUGUUGAUAAAAGCUAUGAGUAAGUUACAAGAAAGGCCAAUUCUUUUCAAGUAUAUAAUCGAUGAGUAUUGCACUGCACGAAGAUCGAUUAUUGUUGGUUCAUUUAUUGAUGCUUUAACACUUGGUAGUACGACCGGAGGAACUCCUAAUCCUAUUGAAUUACGAGCUGAUGAUCCGACUCGUUAUGUUGGAGAUAUGUUAGCUUGGUUGCAUCAAGCAAUACCCAUGGAAAAAGAGAAUCUUAUGACUUUAUUAAAAGCCUGCGAUAAAACUGAUAUUUCAGAUCAAGUGAAACUUGCUUUGGGAAAUAUUACAGAAGGUCUUUGUCAUCCGUUAAAAUCACGAAUAGAGCAUAUUCUUGCAGCCGAUGCUUCUGCCAGUGUUUUUUAUUCUGUUAUGGCUCUUAUAAGAUAUUAUAUUAAAAUUUUUAAUGAUGUUAUCCCAGAGAGUAUUCUAAUAAAAGAUUUACACCAACUAUUGGAGUUGAAUGAAAAAAAUUUCAUAACAAAAUUACAAAGAGAAACACAAAUAGCUUUAGGAGAACGACCGGAACCUCCGGGACAAGAUUUAGUACCUGCUGCUUCUGUAUUAAAACUCUUAGCAUUACUUAAUGACAUUUUGUCUGUUGCUCUUAUUGUCACUGGUGAUGAUAGAGAAAAAGACGUAAUUCAGAUUGUCUCGUAUAUUAUUGAUCCAUUACUUCAAGAAAUUGAUGAGACUGCGGCUAGAUUACCAGUAGUUGACAUGGCAGUCUACUUACUAAAUUGUCUGCAUCAAAUCCAUUCUACUUUGUCUCUUUAUGAAUACAUGGAUCAACGAUUAGAAAGAUUACAGGCCCAAUCUGAUGCCCAAAUAGAUACUUUAACAUCUGAAGUCGCAAGCUCUCUAGUAGCAAAUUUGAAUUUAGGCCCCAUUUAUACAAUACUACAGGGUAAAGAGCAUGGUCCUUUGUCUGCUAUACCUGGAAUGGAUCCUCUUAGUGUCAAAGAAUUCAGUAAUAAAUUAGAAUCAUUCUUGUCUAUGUCCGAUUCUUUUCUGUUACCUCAAAUAAAUUUACUUAAAAACUGUAACACUAGAUCUAUUGUGUUAAAACGUUCUUUUCAAGUUAUAGGAGCUAUUUAUAAACAACUUUAUGAAGCUUGUCAUGAUCCUAAAAAUCAAUAUGAAAAUCCUGAUAAAUUAUUUGUUAAAACACCUGAUGAGCUUAUGGAAAAACUCUUAUCUCAUUAAUUUUAUUCAAUCAAUUUAUACAAAAACAGGUUCUCUGUAAAAAAAAAAAAAAAAAAAAACGCCAAGUACACAUUUAAAAAUUAUUUUCAUGUCAAAAGUAUAACUAUUGUUUUUUUUACAAAUAACAUUAAAAUAAAUACAAAAUACAAAGUAAAUAGUAGCGCAGAAUUUUUAAUAUAUGUUCCUGUAAACGCAUUUGAUGUACAUUAGGGUGGGCCAAAAAAAGUGACUAUUUUUUUUUUCUUUAGUUACAGUGAAAAUAUUGUUUGAGAUGAUGAAAAAAAAAUUCUAUUAAAAUUUGAGCUCUUAAUAUUAAUAUUAAGAGGUGCCUAUUUGCAAUUCUCCAUUUCCCAUUUAAAUAACAUGGGAAAAAAAAUUUUUUAUUUUUUUAUUUUUCUAGCUCGGCAUUCGCACGUCAUAUAAAUGAGUCCAUAGCAUAUUCUUGUAGAGAAUUUAACGCUCUACAAAAAAGGUCUCUUAUCAUUUUUUGUUAUUUUCAUUUUAAUGCCAAGCUCGUAAAAAUAAUAGUCUUCUACUCUAUUCUGAGAACUUAAGAUUAAAAUGAAAAUAACUAGAAAACAAUGCGGUAUUUCAAAGAACUUCAUUGAAAAUAAUAUGUAGGGAAUAAAAUUGUCUAUAAAAAAGAUCCAAUGACAUUUUUUGAUAAGUCUGAUAGUUUUGCUGGAAAAGUAAAAAGAUCUGGAAAUUUAUUAUAUAUUUGACUUCCAGCUCCGAUAACUUUCGAAUGGAUGGAUUUAUCAAAAAAUGAUAAGAGACCUUUUUUGUAGAGCGUUAAAUUCUCUACAAGAAUAUGCUAUGGACUCAUUUAUAUGACGUGCGAAUGCCGAGCUAGAAAAAUAAAAAAAUAAAAAAUUUUUUUUCCCAUGUUAUUUAAAUGGGAAAUGGAGAAUUGCAAAUAGGCACCUCUUAAUAUUAAUAUUAAGAGCUCAAAUUUUAAUAGAAUUUUUUUUUCAUCAUCUCAAACAAUAUUUUCACUGUAACUAAAGAAAAAAAAAAUAGUCACUUUUUUUGGCCCACCCUAAUGUACAUCAUUAUCUGCAUCUAUAGAUAUUCAAAUAAAAAUUUUAUAUCACUUAAGAAAUAUGACGCACGAAAAAAUAUCUAUUUAAUUUUUUGCACUCCUAUCUACGUAGUAUUUUAUAUUGACUUAAAGAUUAAAAAAAAAAAAUAUAUAUGAAAGUUUUAUUGAUAUGUUUGUUAUAUUUUCUCAUUUUAACAAUAAACCACUAUUAUAAUUCAAUA